AUGUCUCUCAAGAACGACGCCUUCCCCGCCUCCAUCGCCUUCGACCACAUCGCCGCCGCCCUCUCCACCGAGUCCGCGCGCAAAGACGCCAUCAAAACCGGCGGCGCCAUCUUCUCCUUCAACCUCAAGAACAAGGCCGGCGAGCAAAAACAAUGGUACAUUGACCUCAAGGAGAGCGGUACCGUUGGCGAGGGUGUUGCGCCCUCAGGAAAGAAAGCCGAUGUCACGCUUACACUUCCUGAAGAGGAGUUUGGCAAGUUGGUUGUUGGCAAGGCGAAUGCGCAGAAGCUGUUUAUGAGUGGGAAGCUCAAGGUCAAGGGCAAUGUGAUGAAGGCGACGAAGCUGGAGGCGGUGCUGAAGAAGGCGAAUGUUGGGGAUGCGAAGGCGAAGUUGUAG